AUGUCGAACAACGAUCUUCAAGCUCUCUUUGCCAACUUGAAGCCCAAGGCUCGCGAUUCGCCUGCGCCUUCCCAAGCUUCCAAUGGCCUCAGCACCGGCGGGUUCCCUCCUCAGUCUGCAGGUACUGCCCAGCCAUUGCCUUCGACACCGCCGCCGCCUUUUGCUUCGUUCGGAAACGUUCGCUCGCAAGCUGCUUUGCCUUCACAAGGAGGUGCUGGCCCCACCGUCACAGCUCAAUCACUUCUAAAUCUGCUCAACUUCGGAGCCUCGUCUCAAGCUUCAGCCAAUGUCGAGGCGACCUCCCCUGCCCUUCCUCCUGCUCCUGCUCCUGUCGUCGCUCAGACGGCGAGCAGCCAGAACGGUGUGCCAAAACCAGAAGAAGGAGGAAAUACCGCCCGCGGUCCGUCGCUGUCAGCUUCCGAUCUUGUGGCAAAAUUCAUGAGUCCACCUCCAGCUGGACCAUCAGCCGCCCCCAAGUCCCCAUUCAACUUGGAAGAUCAAGGAGGAGGCGGCGAUUUGCAACCGCCUGCCACGGCUCAGAAUGCAUCCCAGGACGCUCUGCUUAAGCUCCUCAGCAAAGCCCAGCCGGGGAACCUAGGCCGACAAAUAUCUGUGGAAAGAGUUCGGCCUAAACAAUCCGAGCCUGAGCCCGAACAACCCAAUCUCCCAACUCCAGACGCCGUCAGUCUUCCUGUACGUCUGUUUGGAGCAUCCCCAGCCGCGACCGCAGACCAAGAGCAGAGUGGUUCGAAGCCAGCGGUCGCGUCUGGUGCCGAGAACAAGCCGCUCUUCACCUAUGUCAAUCCAUUCGAGGCGCUCCAGGCUUCCCGUUCGCAGACCCCGAAGACGAGGACUCCUGUUCCGGCGCUCAGUGCUUCUGAUAUCCCAGUGCAGAGCAUAGAGUCUGUUCAUGAUACCAUUCAGGAUGCAGCUCCACCGGUGGCUACCCCAGAGCAAGUUGCGAAGAGGAAGAUUCUAACACCUACACCUCGUCUACCAUCCACGAGUAGGCAGGGCACUCUUUCUCGAGAGCCUUCGGUAGCCGUACCAGAGAAGGAGAUCAAGAUCGAGAAGACCGAGAAGGAGAAACGAGAGCAACUUGAAAGACUGUUCGGGGUGACGAAGCCUCCCGUUGCUGACACCGCUGAAGUUUCCGUCAAGCCUGAAGCUGCAGUGGAGCCGAGCAAUGGCAUUCAGCACGACUAUCUUGCCGACAAGCCAACUGAAGGAGAUCCCAAUGGUGGGGAUGAAUGGGAAGAUGCGGAAGAAUCCCCUUCCAAAGAACCCGGCGAGCGGGUCGUUCCUGUCUACAAUUUCCCGAUCAAACCAUUCGUGUCUAUCUCCAUGAAGUUGGACAAACCAUCUGAUGUAUCAGUUCGCGAUGACGGCGUUAUGGAGAUUUCACGUCUGAAAAAGGAUUUUGAUCAGCUUGACCGUUCCCUCGCAGUGGCCACGGCCAAGUAUAUCACCUAUGCUCUCGUGAAGAGUGGUGGCAUGCGAAUCAUUCGGCAGGAUGAUGGCAGUGAUCGACAGGUUUUCAAGAAUUCUCAUGAUCGCAUAUUCAAUGUCGCUUUCUGUACUACCUCACUGAAUGGACCUGUGUCUGACGAGCAGGCCGUUCUUGGGACGGGUGUCAGCGGAGCCGUCUAUUAUGCCACCAUUCAAAAGGAAGGUAACGAUCUCUUUGAGAAGAAUGAGCUUGAGUCUGAGAGCCUCAUUUUCCCUCCUUACCCGCCAGCAGAUGAGAAUACGGCUGGAGGUGUUCUCAAAACCCGUGCCAAGCGAAGCUCAAGACAUCCGGAGUUCUUUGCCAUUGGUAGAGGAAAGUCAAUCCAUCUGGUUUGGCCUGCAACUGCUCUUUCUCCACGCUACGGUGUUGACGAGAGCAAUCGUCGUGUCGACGUAGACAAGCUAUUCUCCGAGCGAGCGUUCCAGAUCUCCACCGGUAAGGCCGGCAAGGAUUUCACUUUCAGUGAAGACGACAGCCUGAUUGUGUCCUUGGACAAGACUGGCAGGUUGCGGUUCUGGGAUAUCCGCAAGUUGAUAGAGGAGUCGAAUGCAACUGCUGCUCACGAUGCCGGUCUCACUGUUGAUACGCCACUGCUAUCAUUGUCUACAGCUUCACCCGCAGAAAAAUCAUGGCCUACAUCGGUGCUCUUCGUGGACAAGGCCCGUCCCUAUCUUAAGGGGGGUGCUUUGCGGUACGUGCUGGUCGGUUUGAGACAGAAUCAUACAUUGCAGCUUUGGGAUAUUGCUCUCGGAAAAGCCGUCCAGGAGAUCAACUUUCCUCAUGAGAACGAGACCGACGGCAUUUGCAGCGUCAACUAUCAUCCCAACAGUGGCAUCAUUGUGGUCGGUCACCCUACCCGAAACUCGCUCUUCUUUAUCCACCUUUCGGCUCCUCGAUACACGCUUAGCUCCUCUUAUUCGCAAGCUGCCUUUGUUCAACGCAUUGCAUUGAAAGAUCCGGAACUCCCCAAGCCAGAAUCCACGGCCUGCAUGAGCGGCAUCCGUGAAAUCUCGUUCUCUGGACGCGGUCAACUUAGAAGCGUGGAGUUGUUGCCCAUAUACCGAGGGACGGAUGACAAAAAGACAAUCGACGAGAAAGCUGCGCUUUUCGAACUCUAUGUGGUCCACUCAAAAGGCGUGACUUGCUUAACCAUCAACAAGGAAGAUCUUGGCUGGAAUGCGGAGAGUAAAGUCAUACACGGUGUUAGCGCAGCCGACGAAGGCCUCAUCAGUCUGAAGGAACUGCGACUUGGAAGUGUCAUUGAAGAAAGUCAAUCAAGUAAGGUUCCCGUUGAAGAACCACCACAGUCCUCCAAGACGUCCAAGAAGAAGGCUGCUAAGAAGGCUGAAACUUCUGCUGAGCGUAUCGAAGCUGCGCAGUCAGAAGGGCAAGAACCACCUAAAGCUGCUUCUGCAUCCCUCACCGUUCCCGAACCUCAAGCUGAACCAGUAUCGGCCGAGGGCACAUCAAGCAAGCAGAGCAAGAAGAGCAAAAAGAAGGCAGGACACUCCACAGAGCUCAGUGCUUCCGACAAGCCAUCUUCACGCACGUCCUCGCCAACCAAGCAGCCGCCUAUAUCUGCCCAGGCUGCUGUUGAGCCAGGCCCCACACCAUCCGAGGAUCCUUCCGCCAGACAGCCUAGUUCCGCAGCUGGUGAAGCCGUCUCCGUAGGCAUCUCGGGUGACUGGCUUGAUAAAGAGCUCAAAAAGGUGGAGCGUGGCGUAGCGGGAGAGUUCCGUAAAGAGAUGAAUGUUUUGUACCAGAACAUCCAGAAUGACCGAGUCGUGCAGGACUCGUCGAACGUUGCACGUCAAGAGGCUCUCUUGCGUCUGGUGUCUACCACCUUGACCAACAACGUUGACAAAGCCAUGUCACGCAUUUUGACUGCACAGAUGCAACAUACCAUGGUCCCGGCUGUCACUAGUGCCACUGUGCAAGCUGUCAGCAGCCAGGUGGGAGACGCCGUUCAGAAAUCCCUUCAAUCACUGGUGCCGCAAGAAUUGGGUGCUCGACUGCCGAUUGCUAUAAACGCGGCUCUGCAGAGUCCUCAGAUGAGCCGAACCAUUGCAGAUACAAUUUCCCAGAAAAUUUCGAAGCAGACGGAGGUGCAGCUUGUGGAAAUGCUACAGAAACAGAUUGUGCCGGCAUUCACGACGCUUGCGGUGUCUGCAGCUGAAAAAGCCGCAUCUGAUGUCGAGCUUCGGCUUCGCAAAGAGAUCCACCAGCUAGAGACCGCUAGGCAACAUGACAUGGAUCGGCUGGAAAAGCUUGGUCAAGUUCUCCAGGCUACCACAGAUACACUGCAACAGAUGUCCAACUCUCAGGUCGCAUUCCAAAAUCAAAUCUUGAAAGACCGGCGUCAACUGGCUGCUCUUGGAGAGACCAGCACCCCUGGCGGAUCACUUCAAGUGUCAACGGCGCGUAUGACUCCAUCGCCACAAAGUCUUGGUCACCAGAGCAUGCCUAAACAGAAGACCAAGGAGGAAGCUGAGUUUGACGAGAUCACCGGCUUGAUGAAUGAUGGACGUUACGAGGAAGGCUCUAUCAAAUGGCUUCAAUCCGGCCAGCCGGUUGAGCUUUUCGACAAACUCUUCAUUCAUUACACGCCUGAGUAUCUUGCUACGGAUGUAUCACCUCUUAUUGCGUUCUCGAUUGCUAUCACAAUUGGCAACUCUCUGGGCACGAAUACUGCUCGGAGACUUGAAUGGAUCUUGGCAGCUUUCAAUGCGGUCGACGUUUCGGAUCCCGAGAUAGCGGAUUUAGCACAGCAUGCUCCCGCGCUUUUGACGUCGCUUAUUGCAAAGCUUGAAAGUCUGUACAUGACGAUUGCAGAGCGUGAUGCCAGAGACCCUGCUCUACAGCUCAUGCCGUUGGUUUCGAGAAGGGCGAAAGAUCUGAGAGCGGCAUUGCUAGGCGCAGUCGCGGUAGUGCUUUGUCUUCUUCACACCAAGUCAACUCAGGCCGCCCCGGCCCCGGCGCCCCACACCAGCCCGACACCCCAAUAUUCCAACUCGACGACUCCUCAUACUACUCCCCUAGAGACGGUUUGGGACCACGGCUCCAUCUGCGACUACUGGACCGAAUCAGAAGAGAACGAUGGAUACUACAGGCUCAAAGCCCGAUGCGACUACGUCGGCCGCGGUACAAAGAUCGCGUUCAGCCUGACCCUGAACAACCACGUGUUCUCCACCGAGCAGAUAGGUAUCCACGACGUGAACAAGGUCAUCCAGAGCCCGGCAUUCGGCUCGGACAAGACGGCCCAGCAGCUCAAGUUCCGAACGCACUUGAGCAUCUCGGGCGGACCGGACAUGGGCACCUGUCGCUGUAAGCUUGUCGAUGAUACGACGCAAAAUACGGUGUGGGUACGUCAAUACGCCAACAUAAUGACCUGUACCGAUAUCAGCCCGUACCUCAGAGUACGUGCCGUUGUGGACUUCCCAAACGGCGCACUCAGUUUUUACUCGCCGUGGAUGACAACACCUGGCACGACCGAGACUCGACACGUAAAAUCGCUUGCGAAGCCCUCGGUCUAUGCUGAAUGGUCAUUGUGA